AGUCCGUAGUGGAUGCUGGGCGCCCAUCCCAAGUGCGGAUUGUCUGCAAUACUUGUACAUAGUUAUUGUUACAAAAAUCGGGUUAUUAUUGUUGUGAGCCAUCUGUUCAGAGGCUCCUCUGUUAUCAUGCUGUUAACUGGGUUCAGAUCACAAGUUGUACGGUGUGAUUGGUGUGGCUGGUAUGAGUCUUACCCGGGAUUCAAAAUCCUUCCUUAUUGUGUACGCUCGUCCGGGCACAGUAUCCUAACUGAGGCUUGGAGGAGGGUCAUAGGGGGAGGACCCAGUGCACACCAGGUAGUCCUAAAGCUUUUACUUUUGUGCCCAGUCUCCUGCGGAGCCGCUAUUCCCCAUGGUCCUUUCGGAGUUCCCAGCAUCCACUACGGACUAUGAGAAAUAGAAUUAUCGGCAGUAGAAUUUAAACCUAUGGAUCUGGAUCGAGUGCUCAAGUUGUUUGAAGAUCCGUUCUCUGGAAAUUUAACAGAAAGACAAUUAAGGGUUUUGAAGAAACUCACCAAACAUUAUUGCAGUGGUAUUCUUUUGAAAGAACUACCACAAAUAGUGAAACUAUUAGAUAUUUGUGCAACAAAGAUAGAAGACCAUAAAGAUUUUAUAGAGCCCAUGUGUGACAUUAUAAAGAUAUGUGGCCUCCCUUUCCUGAAAGAGAAGAUGUCAGAUGAAGCCACGUACGGAAACAUUGUCGCAGAGUCAUUAUCUCAGUUAGGCUGUCUGAUGCGGGUGCCAAGUUCUCAGGUCCGGAUACAGAUUUGCAAUUCAGUUGCCAAUUUUUACAGUCCAGAGUCUACAAAAAAGCAGCCUGAAGGUUUUCAACCAACCAGCGUGAUGUACAAGAUACAGAUGGCUGAAGUGGGGGGUUUGGCGGAGACCCUUGUUUUAUCCCUCACAGUAGUAGAGAAUCAUCUACAGGAGAAGUUAGCACUGCUGAAGGUCCUCCAGCUUCUAUCUAGCACCCCUGAGAACUGUAAACGUAUGGCCCGGGCACAGGCUGCCUGCCGAAUCUGCUCCCGCCUCAGUGACCCAGAUCCCUCUGGACAGCUGCUUUUCCGUUCUUCCGAAAUUUUGUGGAACCUGCUGGAAAAUGGUCCUAAGGAAGAAAUCAUCAAUCAGCUCAGCAACAUAGAAUGUAUCUAUGGACUGAAAGAUUCUUUCAUACGCCUGCUCACAAAAGGUUACAGGCACCAUGAUCGGCAGCUGAGAAACGAUCUCCUUGUAAUUGCCACCCUGAUUGCGGAGAACAGCCGCCCUCCAAUGGUUGAAAGUGGAUUUGCUAAACAACUAAUUCUGUUUGCAACUUUUACAGAAGUUAAAAGUAACAACCCAUUAGUGAAAAGCUUAAAACUUUUGCAUAACCAUGAAGAUUUUGAGAUGAAGAAGUUGCUGUUCAACGUGCUGGUGGUGUUAUCUAAGGACCUGUCCACAGUUCAGUUGCUCUGCGAUGGGAAGGUGGUUUUAGCCCUUUUUAACUAUGUCAAAGCAAAUGAAAAGCCUGGAGUCCAUGACUGGCCUGCUGCCCGUUUUGAAGAGUUACAGCUACACGCCAUCGCCACAUUGUCUACCGUGGCUCCUCUGCUGGUGGAAGACUACAUGACAUGUCAGGGAAACACCCGUAUUCUCCUCUUCCUGGAGUGGUGCUCCAGCCAAGAUGGAUUCUCUGGCCAGGGCAAUUCUUUCCAUGGCACAGGUGGGCGGGGCAACAAGCAUGCUCAGAUGCGCUACAGCUUGAGACUUCUCAGGUCUAUGGUGUCCGUAGGGGAUGAGGCUGUAAAUCAAGACUUGUGUGACCAGGGAGCAAUUAGUCAGCUCUUAGGACUGCUGAAACAUACCAUGGCAAGAGCUGACGGGAGUGACGGCACUGUCCAGUUGGAGAUGCAGUGUGACAUCCUCUUCAUUUUGUCCUCAGUAUGCGAGAGUGACCUCCACAAAAAGGAAUUGUUUGGAACAGAAGGGGUGGAUGUGCUAUUACAGCUCCUCAAGAUGGACCCCUCUAUGCUUCACAGUGGGUUAGGUCACAACAAACUUCUUUUCUGCACACUCGACUGCAUUUGGUCUUGUAUUGUAGGAUGUUUUCCCUUAGAAGACUAUUUCCUUGAACAGAAGGGCAUGUUUAUCAUUUUGGAUUUAUUAGCACUUAAUCUGAAGAGUCUGACCAACCUGGUGCUCGGAAUACUGGUGGAAUUCUGUGAUAAUCCGAAAACCAUUUCACACAUUACAACUUGGCGGGGGAAAAAUAAUGAGUCGGCCCCAAAACUGCUUGUCCUGCUGUGGAAGCAAGAAGAGGAGGAGCUGGGCGUGAAAAGAGACCACUAUGGGCGUAUUAUUGAUGCAAAGAAACCCCUGGUUGGACAAUUCCAGGAGGAGCAGGAGGUCACCCCAAUGCCUGUGAACUGCUUCAGCAUUGCAAUCAUGGAAGUGGCUGAAAACAUCCGGGCCAAAAUUUAUUCUGUGUUUUCCAAACUCGGUUUUGAAAACUUGCCUGGUCUGUCUGUGCUGGAUUACGUCACACUCAGCAUAAUAAGUAGAUACCUUGAUUUUAAAGUUGGAGAAGUAUGGAGUGAAAUUAGAGCAGAAUUAAAUGUGGAAAAUAUCCGGCCAGUGACCUCUGAUCAUGAAGCUUUGGACGUCAUUGAGAAACAUACAGAGAAUGUCAGUAAGGAUGUUGCCGCUCACCAAACUGAAAUGAUUGAAAAUCACCAACAGAUGGAGCUUCAGGAAGAACAGCAAAAAUAUGCAGAGAUAAAAGAAAACCACAAACAGAGUGAAAUAGUUCUGAAGUCGUGGGAUAAUUUCCUGGCAAGGACAUCCAAUUAUGAAGCCUUAAAGAGAGCAAAGAGACUUCAGGAAAAGUCUAUCGAAUCAUCGAGACCUAAGGCAAGACCACAGAAUGUGACCAUGCACUCUACACAGAUCCCCCGACUGAAUACAACGGUGGCUUGUGGGCCGGUGGUGACCGUGGAAAGCACACCCUCUAAAUUUACCGGAGGAGCCCUGGCGGAUACAGACCUGGCCCUAAAGAGAGUUCCAAUCCGGGGCGGAGCGCUACAGAAGACCAGAAGUGUGAAAAUGUUUUACUGAGCGAUAAGAAGAGGAGCUACGUACAGAUAGGAGAUGCAUAAGACAUUACUGCAGCUGCUGAGAAAUGAAGUGCAUACACUAAUGCACCAAUAAAAAUGGGUUUGUGCCUUA